AUGGACGGCAGUACUCACCCUUGCAAGACUGAGCAAUGCGCAGGCGGCGUAGCUCGGAACAUGGCGGAAGCUCUCUGGCGGCUACGAAACGGUCGCACACGUCUACUUACCGCUAUCGGCGAAGACGACGACGGGAAAUAUUUACAGAAUAUCGCACCAGAUUUAAUACUAGAUGGUUGUGUAGUAAAAAAUGCAAGAACUGCCAAGUAUGCUGCUUUGUUUGAUGUUAACGGGGAAUGUAAAUUAGGCCUCGGAGAUAUGGAUAUCCACAAUCAGAUAACUAUUGAUCUAGUAAAUAAACAUACAGAUGUUUUAAAAGCGGCCCCAUUAAUUGUAAUUGAUGGAAAUGUACCGACUGCUACAAUGGAUCAUGUACUAAAGCUAUGUAAUGAACAUAACAAACCGGGUAAGUGGACAUCUAAUGAGCUAGCUUCGUCUUUCGAA